CCUGCGGAAGAACAUUGUUGCCGGAGCUACUUCUCUCUGUUGAUGUCUACGAGGUUACUCCGCAGCGGUACCCGAACCAGUCUAAAAUAAUCCGAGUAUAAACACUUAUUACAGGUGUACCGUAGUGAUUCAGGACAAGCCAAAAACGCGGAUUAGAAAACGGAUUCAUGCUUAUUAUAUACAUUUUGUAAAUUUUGAACACAUAAAAAAAGUUACGGACUGCAGCUUUAAAAUAACGAAUGUUUCCUGUCGCCGAUUACGUUUCCCUCCAGUGGGCGGAGUUCUCGGAGUAACAUGACACGUUGCGUCUACUUUUGUGUCCUUAAACGCUAGUUUUUGGGGGGUUCGACAGCUUAUAAAAACGUAGUUCUGGGUUUUUUAGCUUGUUUUGCUGUACACCUCGCCACACAGCAGCUUUUAGACAUUGUUCUGUUUUUUGUUAUAAGUCAGAAAUGAUAAUUAGAAGCCAGUUUCCGCAAUGCAAAAUCAAUGGAGAGCGUCGGAUUGUUUUUCCCCCCCGGUGGGCGUGGUUUUCAGAUUAGGACGCGUCUCGCUCUGUCUCUGUAAAGGGUUUAAACACGCCUACCUCUAGUUCACAAUAGACGUGAGGGGCGGUACUUACGGUCAGCGCCCCGCCCACACGACUCUAGUAGCCGCUCCGCGCGCGCCGCCCGCUCACUGUCUCACCUGUGCGCGGACAUGAACGCACGUUAUCUUCCUCUUCCUCAUCUUCCUGCGCUGAAAUCUCAUGGAGUGUGACGGGAAUCCGGGCGUCGCGCGCGUCAAGCGUCAGGCGGUGAAGCGGCACCAUCACAAACACAACCUGAAGCACCGAUACGAGUUCCUGCAGACGCUCGGGGAGGGCACGUACGGGCGCGUGAAGAAAGCCGUGGACCGGUCCGGCAGAACGGUGGCUAUAAAGUCGAUCCGUAAGGAGAAGAUCCGGGACGAGCAGGACCUGAUGCACAUCCGGCGCGAGAUCGAGAUCAUGUCGUCUCUCACUCAUCCGCACAUCAUCAGCAUCUAUGAAGGUACGCUCCGCUCUCGUUAUGUGCUCAGACGAGGAAUCGACUGCAGGCCUGAGCGUCUUCAUGCUGCGUGUGACUGUGUUUCAGUGUUUGAGAAUACGGAGAAGAUCGUGAUCGUGAUGGAGUACGCCAGUAAAGGAGAUCUGUACGACUACAUCUGCGACAAACAGCGCGUCUCUGAGAGCCAGGCCAGACACUUCUUCAGACAGAUCGUCUCUGCCGUCCAUUACUGCCACCGGAACGGGAUUGUUCAUCGCGAUCUGAAGUUGGAGAACAUCUUGCUGGACGAAAACGGCAAUAUAAAGAUUGCUGACUUCGGGUUGUCAAACCUCUACCAGGAUGAAAAAUUCCUGCAGACGUUCUGCGGCAGUCCUCUGUACGCUUCGCCCGAGAUUGUGAACGGCAGGCCGUACAGAGGACCGGAGGUAGACAGCUGGUCUCUGGGCGUCUUACUGUACACCCUGGUUCAUGGAGCCAUGCCUUUCGACGGACAAGACCACAAGAAGUUGGUCCAGCAGAUCAGCACUGGAAACUACCGCAAACCCACCAAACCAGCUGAUGCGUGUGGUUUGAUCCGCUGGAUGUUGAUGGUAAACCCAGAGCGUAGAGCUACUUUGGAGGAGAUCGCGGGUCACUGGUGGCUCAACUGGGGCUAUCAGCUCCCUCUACUGGCUCAGAAUGAACCCGCAGCUGCACAUCAGGAGCCAGGACACGCGACUGCCGCGUGUGGCCCGACUCGCAUCGCGGAUUGGCUACGCCGCACAUCUCGUCCUCUACUAGAGAGCAGCUCCAAGAUGCGCUGCCUGUUGCGAACAGGUGGGGCCACCGGAGGGGAACCGGUCCAGCGACAGCGCUCCAUACGCAGGUCGCGCAAAGAAAACAACGUCUCGCAGACCAUGCAGGAAGCUCCUCGCCCAUCUAAAGGAAUUCUAAAGAAGCGGGGGAGCCUUAAACAGAAAGCGCCCAGUGACUCCCAGGCUACACCCUUGGAGGAGAAGAGCCAGAACGCUUUGGCGCCAUCUGUCCUGCCUCCACCUCCUAAAGGCAUCCUGAAGAAGCCUUCGGAAAGCGAGUCAGGCUAUUAUUCCUCUUCUCCGGAGAGCUCCGGACAGACUCUUGGGAACCCAGAGCCACACCGCAAGGGCAUCCUCAAACGGCACGGCAAGUUUUCCGGCGGCCUGCAGGAAUUUGGCUCGCUGGACCAGCUUGCACCCUCUUUACCAACGGUGGUCAACAGAUCCCGACCGAGCGGGGCGAUCAGCGAGGAUAGCAUCCUCUCCACGGAGUCCUUUGACAAACUUGACCUACCCGACCGCGAGAUUCCAGUCGCCCCAAUGGAGCGACCAGCAGGUGGACGGAGGAUGAGAGGAUGCGUAUCCGCUGACAAUCUCCUCGACUUGAGGGAAGCGUCUCAGGGACACUGGGAAAUGGACAUGGCCUGCUACCGUACAGGAGUAUCCGAUAGCGUGUUUUCAAUUUCUGACUGCGAAAACGUCACUCAGACUUACAAACAAGCCUUGGGAGCAACUGAAACGCACAGGGACUACGAUGUGCAGAGAUGACGCAACUCCAGUUGCGCUUGGAAAAGGAAGCCGGCUGGAAGCAAGGAAAGUACUUCUGAAGCAAUGCCAGACAAAGAGUGGUCAAGGAAUGGUUUCAGACCCAGCAGGAAAUGGGUCUUCGUAGAGGACAGGACGUCCUGUUUAGGACAUGCAUUUCAUUCUGAGGGAACAGCAGUUUGUGUAACGUGCAAAACGGUGGUUUUUAUUAUGUAUACUUGGUUUGAGAAAAGUGACUUAUUUCGUCAGCUGCCUUGCUCCCAGUGACGAACAACUGACUGGUUAUUCUUUGAAACGUUUUUAAAUGACUGUUUAGGGUGUUGGCUAGUCAAAAAUACCAAAGAUGACUCACGAUAAAGUUCAGAACCAUUGUGAGUUCAGUUUGUUUUUAACGUGAAUGCUGGUGGUAGAACACAACAAAACUCACAGUGCAAAGAUUGACUAAAGUGCUUUUGAAGAUCGUUCCCGCCAAUUUCUGACUUUUUACAACAUGCCGUUAACUGCUCAAGAGUUCACAGGUGCACGGAUGCAAUAAACUGCUGCCUUUUUAUGACUUUAUGUAGUCCAUACUUUAGUUUUGCAUCUGUUUCAUGAUAAGAAUUGUACAGAUAGGAGUGUUUGAACUGCUUCCAUGUCGCAGUUUAUUAGGAUGGUAAAAGACACCGUGACCUUUCAGAAUAAGAUGAAACUAAAAGCGCUUCUCAAAUUUUGUUACAAACAUUCUGUCUUCGAGAAACGUGUUGAAAGGGUGAGAUUUACUGGAUGUUAACAAUUCUGUGGCUACAGCUAUUUAGGAAUGGGGUGGAAUGGUGUUUCGGUGUCAUAGCAGGGUGUUUGGGGUCAUCAGUAAAUCUGAACUCUUCAUACAGUGUUUGUAAGUCCAGUAGAGCAGCAGUGCGAUCUGUAGGGCUGCUCGGAGUGUCACGGCUCGAGAUAACCCGGGUAAUGAGGUGUUCUUCUUCUGUUUGGUGUCAUAUUUUGUUCGAGUUCCAGCAUGUUUAUUUGCCAAAUUGCCUGAUUUAUCUGCCCUGAUGAGUCUUUGACUCAGUGGAACAAUAAAACAGCACAAAUGAAGUGGAAAAUGCUCUCUGGCUGUCGGUUCUUUUGUACCCAUCAUAGUCUCCUGGAUAACCCUAAAUGACAUUUAUACCCAAUAGUAUGUGAGAACUGUGGUGCAGCUUUUAUAGUUUAAGUAUUAAUGAAUUUGAAAGUAAUUAAGGCAAAUAGUAUGCAACAAAUGCGUCU